UCCAUUCUACUAGAUCAAGGUCCUAUAUAUAAAUGUCGGUGGUUUUGAGACUACCUAGGGCUGGAAACAACUAUGGCUGACACAGCAGAAAAGUUGGAGGCUGAGAUAAAUAUCAAGUCUGAUCCUGAUGAAUUCUUCCAUAGCUUUGGUGGUAAAGCACACCAGCUUCCAAAUCUUUGCUCUGAGAAAUUGCAUGCUAUUGAUCUUCAUGAAGGUGAUUGGAAGACUGAGGGCUCUGUCAAGCAUUGGACUUAUGUAAUUGAUGGGAAAGUUGAAACUGCGAAAGAGAGAUUUAAAGUGGACGAGGAGAACAGGAUAGUAACUCUGGAAGCAAUUGAAGGAGACAUUAAGGAACAAUACAAGAGCUAUAAGGUUGAGUUGCAGGUUAUUUCAAAAGGUGUCUCAAACUUUGCCCACUGGAGCAUUGAGUAUGAGACCGUCAAGGAGAAUGAUCCUGCUCCAACUAAGUACCUUCACUGGCUAAUUCAUGCUGCAAAAGAUGUGGAUGCUUCACUUCUCAAAGCACGAAAAUAAAUAUAUCUAUAGAUACCAUAUGAUUGCCAUCUUGGCUCGGGUUACCGGGGAAAAAAAGAAAAGAAAAAGAAACAAAGAAUGUUAUACAAUAUAAGUUAAUGUAAGAGAAUCUCUAAAUAUACCCCAUUGUCUGGGGUUAGUGAAGCCUCUAAAAUGUCCUUCAAAAAAAAAAAAAAGCCUCUAAAAUGGAGCUAUCCUGUCAAGGCUUGGUUGUACUUCAUAUGAGUGUUAACCGUUGUACGUUUGCUGAUAAAAAAAAUAAAUAAAACGAAGGUUUCGUGUGGCUUUUUAUC